AUGAUGUCUCGUUGGUCUGCAUUGCUAUGCUGGGUCCUGAGCCAGACUGUGACAGGAGACUUGAACACUCAGGUGAGUCGGAACCUCCGGCAGGGAAACCUGAGUGCAGGAAACCAAAGUCAGAGCUCCUCUCGGGACCAAGGCAAGGGCCUAAGAGUUGCGAACCAGACGAGCAGCGCCAAUGGUUCGUUUGAAACCGCAGAAGCAGCGUUCCCAAUUUUGGAGGCUCAUCCUUUGCUCCCCCCGAAUGUCUCCAUCCACAUGGAAGCCGGCACAAGUCCGAGCAAUUUCACCCCAGUCGCAGCCUUCAAAUCGGCAUCUGGUUGGGUUGGCUGCUGGUACUACGGCUGCCGCGGCAGCUACCAUCCUGAGUUCUAUUGCCAAUGCAACAGCGGCUGCACUCGGUACCGGAACUGUUGUUGGGACUACGGCAAGAGGUGUGGCUGGCAGAGGCCACCGCCCGACAGCCGCCGCCGCCGGAGCCGGCGUCGACGCGCUCCACCACCGCCGCCGCCGCCGCCACAAUGGCAGCCAUCACCUCCGCCAUCCAACAACGGAAACGGCCGAGGGCUGGUGACUGCCUUCCAUCAGACGAGCCCAAAAGCGUGCAAGUUGAUUGUGGCCUCGGCCUUCCGACCAGGAUCAGAUGGCCAUUGUGGCGGAGCGAUUUACUUCGCCAUGUCUCCAGAGGCGACGAAGACAAAGGCCAUUGGCGAUGACUCCAAGAGCGGCUGCGUGAUUGAGGCGAAAGUGGAUGUGGGACGCGUCAAGUACGAGAGCGCGAACUGUGGCCACAAGUGGAACAAGCAGGAGUUCCUGGGGACUGGGUAUGACUCAAUUCGAUUCGAUCCAGGCGAUGGUGACGAGGUUGUCAUUUUCGACAGUUGGAGGGUGAAGAGCAUGAGGGGUCUGGGUAUGGACUGCGUGAGACUGGCAAGGUUCGGUCUUUCACGCUCGGUGCUCCCUUAA